CAUGCAAGAGUCAUCGAGCAAAAGUUGGACGAUAUCAUGACUAUUUUGCACCAAGACCGAGAGCGUGUAUCUCGAACCGACCGAUUGCCACCACAUUCUCAAUUCCCCAACGAGGGUUCCACGUCAUAUCAAGACCAUCCUCCGUUAGACGCAACAACUCCACCGCCAUCGGGUUCGAUUUCGAUAGUACCAGGCUUUGAGGUCUCUUUCGUUGAGGCGAACCAAGCUCUUCAGGAAUACAUGACUGUCAUGCUUCCUGAAUUCCCUUUUGUUCCGUUACCCUCUCUCAAGGCUUGCGAUAUGUAUAAAGACAAGCCAUUUCUCUUGAAAACUAUCUUGUGGGCUUGUAGGCCUCCGGGCCCAGAUGUUUCAGCUACCUUUGAAAAAUGGUUUCGGCAGUAUAUUGCCCAUCAAACUAUUUCUUUAGUGAACAAGAACUUAGAGCUUGUCCAAGCACUCCUCCUGUUUUUUGCCUGGAAUGAUAUCUAUUUUUCCGCGACGAACAAGGACACUGGUCUGCUUUAUUUAGCAAUUGGAUUGGUCGAAGAUCUGGGGCUGGCCAGGCCCCGAAGGACUGUGAAUCCGACCUUCAAGUCCAUUUUCGAGGACGCGGCGCAGAUGAGGAAUGCUCUUCCACCUCAACCUACGCAAACGAACGCCGAUCAUCGAACUUUCCUAGGAGUUUACUACAUAACAUCCACACUCUGCAGCCUCCUCGGGAAACGAUCCAGAUUAGAAUACACAGCACAUUUCGACCAUUGCUGCGCGCAACUACUACAUGACCAAGAGUAUCCAACAGAUGCACUACUGGUGAACCUCAUACAUAUACGAAAGAUCGCGAUGAAAGUAAAUGAUACUUUUUGGGAGACGAUCGAUAUCACCAAUAGCAGGCCUCUUGGAAAUGUUCACUUUAUAGCCGUCGCUUCUAUCCGAAAUGAGUUGGACUGUUUCAUGCGUGAACUACCAGAUCAUCUAAAGUCAAAUCAUCUAAUACAGACCCACUCCGCCGCGGUCUGCAUUCGCUUAUUUGAACCUUUCAAAUAUGGUGACAGGGGCGAAAUGCUUGAGCCUAGUCACCUAAGAUAUCGUCUAAUGUGGGAUUGCUUAGAAAGCACACGGGAGCUCUAUAAUGCAUUCCUCUUAGUGCCCGUCAAAUCCUAUCCAUAUCUCACCUUUGCCUCCAUCCUUCAUCUUGCCCUCGCGAUCAUCAAAGCCAUGAGGUUGCUUUGCGUCGAGGAUCAUGCCUGGGAGCUAGACACCGCGCGGACUAUGUAUAACCUUCCGAAUAUUCUACAACAGCUGAGCAACCUCUUCGAGGCAGCAAGUAACAGCGGAAGCCCCAGGUGUAAGAUCGUCCUUCACGGUCAACCCAUAUUCUCCAACUAUGCCGAGUCAUAUCGAGGGAUUGAGCGUCAUUAUUUGUCCAUGGUGAAUUCCGGCGCGACUCAUUCAGACUCAGCAAUGACGGAACCGGCUAUUACAAACUAUGGAGAGCAAUAUGACUUUGAGUUGUGGAAUCAAUUGUGUGACUUGACGUAUGGCUUUGUGCCCUGA